AUGUGCUGGUUGUCUUCUGAGGAUGAAGUUGAAAAGACUCUAGACGCAGAAAGUGUUGUUUCAAUUUUAAAAGGUGAGAAGAAGAAUCUGCGUCGAAAAGAGAAGCGUGCUAGGAUCGACCAAAUAAGAGUAACCCUUGGCCUUUCGGAUUCACAAAGAACUCCAAUGGUGGCUAUGAUCGAGGAAUAUCUGCGGGCAAACAAGAUGUUUGUUGAUUAUAGUGAGCCUCAGAAGGAAAGAUUAUACUCGUCCUACCUGGAGUUGGACCUUGCUGAACUGCAUUCUUGAUGUAUGAAAUAUGUAUGUUUUUAAAGUUGAUUAUUGAGUUAUACAUGUGGAUAUAGAUCUUUUAUGAGAUGUAUAUGUGAGAUAUUAGUUAUGAAAUGUGAAAUUUGAAUUUAUGCAAGUUUCUUUAAAUGUUUGUGAAAUUUUGAUUGUAAAAAUUUUGAAUGUAGUGUAUGGAUGUAUGCGAGA